GGAAGAAAUAUAAAAACUCUCCCUAAAAAGAAGAGAUAACUACUGGAACAAGAAAAUGAAGAUUGUUCCCAAUAAUUGAAUACUAACAGUUUUUAUUUGCCAUUGAGCCACAGCCUGUGUCACAUAUAUCUGCAGGAACAGCAGACUAUGAAGAACUGUGAGAAGCACUUCCUAUAUUUACUUUUUAUAUUAUAUAUUUUUAUUAUAAUAAUUAUAAGCAGAACGGAAUAGAAUAGUACAUAGUGCAUAAUAAAAAAACAGGUUUAUGAAAGAAAAUGCUGACUUGAAGUACUUUUAUAUUUGGUUUCUGACCUCGUUCCAUUGUUCCUUUCUUUCCCCCUCCCUUUUGUGUAGGUAUGAAACACCCGGCAAGUCCUGACCACAUAUUUGGAGAUGAAAUUAUGAAUCAAUCUGCAUUUCUGAGGGGCUUUGAAGAUAAAGGACUAAGACACGACAGGGCUGACUGUCAAUUAAGUAAAGAGAAAAAGAAGAUACUGUUUUCCUUCUGUGAUGUGUGCAAUAUACAGUUGAACUCAGCAGCGCAAGCUCAGGUUCAUUACAAUGGAAAGUCUCAUCUGAAAAGAGUAAAACAGCUGAAUAAUGGGAAGCUACCUGCAAACACGAACACAGGCAAUUUGUUUGCAUGUGCCAGCACAGGCAGCACGUGCCACACAACUACGCUCCCUACCCUUGUCCGCACGCCUACGCUCAUGAUGCAGCCCUCCCUGGAUAUCAAACCAUUUAUGUCCUUCCCAGUGGAUGGCAGUCCUGCUGUCGGACUUUUCCCAAAUUUCAAUACCAUGGAUCCGGUGCAAAAAGCAGUCAUAAACCACACAUUUGGUGUGUCGCUCCCCACAAAGAAGAAACAAGUCAUUUCUUGUAAUGUCUGUCAACUUCGCUUUAACUCUGACAGCCAGGCCGAGGCCCACUACAAAGGAAGUAAACAUGCCAAGAAGGUCAAAGCACUAGAAGCAACGAAAAAUAGACCAAAAGCUGGUGCUCCCAAGGACAGCGCAAAGGCUAAUGCGAACUGCUCUGCUACACCAGUCCCAGCCAGCAUCUCUGACAAAUCAGAAGAUAAGGCAAACCUGACAGUGAAUGGCUCUAGUCAGCUUCCAAAUGCUGAAGUGGCCUCUUUUAUACCUGAGCCUGGAGCUACAACAGUGCUUGUCACCUCCGCAGCGGUAGCAACAACAUCUACACCCUCAUCAUCAACUUCUUCCAAGAGCACAAAUGGGACUACUAAUGCCAUUUCUGAAUCAGAAGAGGAGAAAGCCAAAAAACUGCUUUACUGCUCAUUAUGCAAAGUGGCUGUGAACUCCCUAUCACAGCUAGAAGCACAUAACACAGGUUCCAAGCACAAGACAAUGGUUGAGGCUCGGAAUGGAGCCGGUCCAAUCAAGUCUUACCCUAGACCAGGAUCCAGGCUGAAGGCUCAGAAUGUCACUAUGGGCUCAGGACUGCAGAACAAAACAUUUCAUUGUGAGAUCUGUGACGUCCAUGUCAACUCAGAAAUCCAACUUAAGCAGCACAUUUCCAGCAGAAGACACAAGGACAGAGUUGCAGGGAAGCCUACAAAACCGAAAUAUAGCCCUUAUAACAAACUACAACGAAGUCCAAGUAUUCUAGCAGCAAAACUUGCAUUCCAGAAAGAUAUGAUUAAGCCAUUGGCCCCUGCGUUCCUUUCGUCUCCUCUUGCUGCUGCCGCUGCUGCGGCAGUAUCUACUGCUUUGACUCUUCCUCCACGUCCUUCAGCGGCUUUGUUCCAGACACCUGCAAUACCCACGGCUCUCCUAAGGGCAGGGCACGGCCCCAUCCGAGCUACUCCCACAUCUAUCCUGUUUGCACCCUACUGAUGAUUGAAUCAACAGCAUCUCAUUGCUAAGGCCAUUUGGAAGAGAGACCGGAGGAAGCAAAUAAAGAUUCUGUAUUUUUCCAGUGACUGCGUUUUUAAGGCACUAACGCUUGAAAGCGGGUCGUGGGACUCUGCAUCGACGGGUAUUGCAAUCUAGACAACAGAGGCUUGUUGUUGUUUCGGAGUUGGUUUCGUUUGGUUGUUUCAACGAACACAACUUGGAUCGAUGGUUUACGAAACGUUUAAUUGUGCACAAAAUAUAGCGAGGGUUCAUCUGCUUUUUAACUUAGACACACAUGACAUGCGUUAAAAAAACAACAAAGAACAUGGGAUAUUUUCCUGUCUGACUUGAAAACUAGGAUCUUCCUCCCUCACUGCAGCAAAAACUAGGUGAAACAAAUGCUUGAAUUGCUGACGACAGCUCGAGAACAGAUUGCAACUUAUUUCCUAUGUGCUCCUGUUGCUAGGGAUUGUGUGUUGUUUUGGGGCUCCGUGCUAGUGUACUUUGUGUAGUACCCGAGUUUUACCUCUCCUUCAAUUUUAAAGCAUUUUAGUUGCCGUGUAAAUGUUUGGAAGCAGAGCAGCCCUGGAGCUUUUUCUUUUAAAGAAUUUAAUGUAUGUCUUUAAUUUAACAUUUUAUUUAGAGAGAUCCAGAAUAAGAAAGCCAUAUAUGAGAUCGUUAAGAUUGUGACUCAUUUACUAUUUUCAUUUAACUUAUUUUGCUUUGGUUCCCACACCCCUCCCACUGGUGUUGCUAAACAACCGUUUCAAAAGAGAGUUUCCUAAUUUAUAUGUUUACCACAUUUCGCGCUUGUUGAGGCAGCGGACCAGUGUAUUUAUUCAUAAAUAUAUUUGCCAUUUCUAAACUUCUUUCCUAUAUGAUGACGCUACAUAGAGUUGUGGCUCCCAAUGCAAUAAUGUACAGAAAAUAAGAUAUUUAUAAAAUUAAGUGUCUCUUCUCUUAAUAUAUUGCUGUUCCGGCCCUUUUCUUCCCUUGGGUUCCCCCACUUCAUUUUAUAAAGGUGAUCCGGAUACCGAAGACACACCAGGUGUCGUUUGGGACAACAAGGAUAAUCUCCAAAAACAUCUUUACCUGCAGUCUGUAAAGAGUAAAAUAUAUGUGUAUUUUUUAAAGAAGGCACGUUUUUAAUAAAACAACAUGGAAAAAUA